AUGCGUUCAGCAUUGAUAACUAGUCUCUCGUUAUUGUCUCUUUUGUUCUCUUCUGUUGCCGCUUCAGUGAAACCUCCUUCACUAGAUCCGUGGUAUUCUCAACCAAUAAAUAUCAGUAACUAUGAAGCUGGCACGGCGAUUCGUUCUCGAUCGGUCAACACCAAGUUGGAGGCCCUUUUGACUUUGCCCAUGGAUGUGUCUGUCAAAUGUGUUGUCCAGUAUCUGUUCCGAACUACAGAUAGUCUAGGCAAGGCCGCUGCAUCGGUCGUUACAUUAAUCGAGCCGAAGAACUCGAAUCCCACAAAGUUGCUUGGAUAUCAGGUGUACUAUGAUAGUGCCAAUGUGGAUAGCAGCCCUUCAUAUCUCAUUCAGACAAGAAACGAAACCCUGGACUUCUACGAGCCAGAUUUUGGCAUGAUAGGAGCAGCUCUUAACAAAGGCUGGUGGGUAUACACCACAGAUUACGAAGGACUGGAUGCCCAGUACACAGCGGGUCUCCAAUCUGGCCACGCAGUCUUGGACUCUACCCGUGCUGUUCUCAAGGAAGGACAAUCAAAGGGCCUAUCGGCCAAUCCGCGUUACGCUCUUUGGGGAUACUCCGGAGGUUCUUUAGCAUCGGCCUGGGCUGCCGAGCUCCAGUAUUCCUACGCACCAGAACUUAACUUCUCGGGCGUCGCACUCGGCGGAACUGUACCAAAUAUCACCUCUGUCACUCAGACCAUUAACAAUGGUUUAAGCGCAGGCCUUGCAUUUUCAGGAACAUUUGGUACCGCAAAAGCCUUCCCGAAUAUGACGGGGUGGCUUAAUCAGACUUUGAUACCUUCGAAAGCGGCGGAGUUCUAUUCUAUCGCCAAUGGCUCUUAUUACUAUGCAAAUAUGGCCGGUGCAAACAAGGACAUAUUUUCAUUUUUCAAGGGUGGAGAGAGGGCCUUCCUUGAUGCGGUUCCGCAGACUGUCUUUCAAUUAUCAGGUACUUAG